UAAUAAUUUGUAUUCCAGCAUUCAAGUAGUGAGGUUGUCACUUUUAGGUAACAUUUGCGUCCGGAUGCCAAACGAAUAAUGGUGUGACCAUAUUUAUAAACAUGUUAUUUGUGUAAACAUAUAGACCGGUGUGUGUUUACAUAUAAGUAAACAAAUUUGUCGGCUAUCACUUAUGCCGGGGCCAAACAGACAAUUUCCGAAGAAUGAUUUCAUAAACUUUAUAGUAGUUGGAACUGUGCGAAAUCUUCAAAAUGAGUUUGCUUCUUGGCUGGCGAGUACAAAAAUGCGCAUGUAAAUUAUGUUUAUUUAGUGGAUCGAUCAGCGCGCUUAGGAUCGCCGCCAAAAAGCAACCGUGACGUCACGCGCUUCCUCUUCUUGUGAGUAACGCACACCUGCAACGCACUUAAGCCACUGCCAUGCGGUCGACAGAGAUGUCCAGGCUUGACCUUAUUGGGAAUUUGUAGUUGCCAUAAGGACAAACAACUUGAUGACAUUUUAAUUAAGAUGCAAAACCCAACAAUUUGCCGUUUGUCAUUAAUUAAUUAGAGCAACAACAACAAUGGACUGAUGCGAACAGUUGUUGCUAAUGUCUGCCAAAAAGAAAACAAAACAAGACAAAGCAAAAAAAAAUAGAGAAAAGAACGAAGCCACAGCAUGCAACAGCAACAUCAACAGCCCAGCAGCAAUAACGGCAACAAAUUAUUUGCUAGAAUUGAGCAAUUUGCUAGUUCUGCGUUACGUAUAGGCAAUAUUAAAAAUAAAGUACGAGCGCCCAGCGAAAAGGCAAGAGCACAUCACCUUGUCGCCCCGCCCAGAGACUAGAGAUCAUUCAGAAGAUGAACAAACGCAGCAUCAUCAUUUUGUGCAUCAUUGCCACGCUGCUGUGCGUUGUGCUCGGCGCCAACUUCUACUUCAUGUACUACCUCAAUGCUGAGGAGGGGCAGCUGGCGAGCGUGCGUGCGCUGGAGAAUAUGAUCCGGCAAAAGAUACGCCAUCUGAAGCCCGCGUAUUUAAAUCGCAAUCCUCGCUUCUUCAUGUUUCGCAACAAACUGCUGAAGAACUACAAGCAGGCGGCCUACGAGAAUGCCAGCGUGCUCUGGGAGAUAGCUAACUGGUGGCCGCACGAGAACGAGAUCUAUCCCUUGUAUGACUCCUCGAUGGGGCAACUGUUGAAGACGUUGCGCGAGGAGCCCAUCACCAGGGCGAAUAAUUUGGCACGAGGCACACAGCUGAAGCUGCUGCUGCGGCUCAGCCAGCAGCAGAAGGUAAUCUUCAAGCCGCAAUGGUAUCCACGUGACGUGGUCAUCGAGGGCGUUGUCUACAGCGGCAAGGAUCGCCAUGUGGCCGAGGUGUAUGCCUUCUAUUUGGGCGCAGUACUCGAUUUACGCUGGACACCCAUUGUGGUCGGUCGCGUGGUAAAUCUCAAAAAUGAUCUAUACGCCCACGGCGAUCAAGAGCUCCAGAACACAAUUAAAAUUGAAGUCGAUGAUGAGGGUAACGAGACAUAUUGCCUGUUUGGCAAGUGUCACUAUUGCAACGAGGAGGAGACUGUUUGCGGCGAUGAGCAGCACAAUAUCGAGGGCGUCAUCAUCUACAUUGUGCCGGGCACGUUGGCUAAACGUCGUUCCCCAUGGCAACGCACCUACAAAGAGGAAAAGCGUGCCAUUUGGGAAGAUGAUAUGACCUACUGCAAAUCUCUCAAGAAUAAAAUGGAAACAAUACGGCUGCUGGAUCUCAUAGACGUGGCCAUCUUUGACUAUCUGAUACAGAAUGGAGAUCGACAUCAUUAUGAGACGCGCGAAGAGCGCGUUGUACUGAUUGACAAUGGCAAAGCUUUUGGCAAUCCGAACAAGGAUCAUCUGGACAUCCUGGCCCCUCUCUAUCAGUGCUGCCUCAUACGUAAAUCCACGUGGGAUCGCCUGCAAGUUUUUUCGGGCGGCGUGCUGACUGAAAUAGUUGACCGUCUAUCCAAACAGGAUGCUCUCUAUCCGCUCAUCACGGACAAGCAUAAACGCGGUGUUGAGCGCAGAUUACUUGUGGUAUUCGCUGUGGUGGAGUACUGCAUGGACAAGGAGGGUGACAAGAUGUUUAAAACUCUCUAGUUCCACUUACAGUUUAGCUAAGGUCUAGGUUGUUAUUAGGUUUAGUAAAUCAAGUGCCCAGAAAUACACGUAUAUAUCGAUAGUUAUAGUAAUUGCUUAAAAUAUCUAGUGAAUGACGAAGUUUGAACUACUUUUCCAGAUCAAU